CACAACUACAGCGCGCUUCUAUUGGCAAUGGCAAUUUUCAACGACCUUGCAGUCGAGCUACAAGAGGCCAUUUGGAAGCUUGUGCUCCCUGCCUCCCGUGGCGUGCACUGGGUCGAGGUUGACGGCAUACCACAUGAUCCAGAGUUCAUCCGCGACAGUAUCCGUAUGACCCAAUGGUACAAGUUUGACCGCAUUCCCGAGACGUAUUCAGAUGUCUACCAUGUCCGGGGAGAAAAUCCAGAGUUCAACAUACGCGUUAGGGCAAACGAAGCGGAGGAGUCGAGCCCCUUCUUCCGCCAUCUGCUCACCACUGUCCCAGCUGUCUUUGGGCGACCAGGACCGGACGAAGAGAACCAAAAGCUGCAAAUCGACCUGGUUGAUGAGAUAGCUUAUACGUCCCGCUGCAGGCAACUGUCGACCUAUAACCAGAUCACGACACUCCUCUCACUUUGCCGGCUAUCGCGCAACAUCGCGAGGCGGUACAUUCGGGACAACCGCAAAUGCAGCUGGAGUAUCCGCCGCAGCAUGGGCGUAUCCUAUCGACCGCGCCCGAUAAAAGUCUGGGAGGCGCAGUACAGCGGCGACAAGAUUCCGCCAGUCUCAAGGGACCAUGCCUCUUGGCAGGUGCUUCGCCCUCAGAUCCAUGCGCUUGACCUUGUUGUCUUCCGGCUGCAUGACAGUCAAGGCCGAGCAACAUCGCUGCUUAAGCAUGCGCCCUGGCAGUACUGGAUCGAGCAAUUCACGCAUGAUACAACCUUUGCAUGCUUUGAUCGCGUAGGCAUAGAGUGGCAUCCAUCGUGGGGUACUGUGGGUGGACGGGGUGAGCUGCGUCCAGGGAACGUCCAAGCGUUCAUCAGAACAAUGGUAGUUUCUCACUCCCCUGCGACACUAUACUGGCUGGUUGAUGGCGUGCCGCGCCCAGACUGGAAUUGCUACCCGCUCGUUGUACGGGACAUUUUCUCAAGGCGCAUGGCCCAGCAAGAGGGCGCUGUCUUGGAGCAUCUCAACGAGCACUGGAAACUGAAGCCUGAGGACCAUGCAGCGUUCUCAGACCACCAUCUUGGCCAGGAGUUUGAGGCCAACGGACGGCGAUACUACAUCGUCUUUGUUGUAUUACACCAAUUUGAUGAAGAGGAGAGGGAUGAGCUAAACAAGGCUGGGCUAGGCUGGCGUGGGCCGUUCCCAGGUAGCGCGGCUUUGUGGCCCGAAGCGCUCAGAGAACCCGUGCGGCAUGCUUAUGACAUCCAUCGAGAAGGUUGGGCAAAUUUAGGGACGUAUAAGAGCCAUACCUAUAUUCUUAGCUGGGAGCCAAUUGAAUGAAGCAGAACGAACUCGCGCUCGGACAGUGUACCGGGGUACGGUAGAAGAACAAGAAACUGAGCUCGAAUAAAUGAUCUCUGCGUUAUACAAUAUACUUCAUAUCAACGAGACCCUACCUCCAC